AUGCAGCGUAUUGUGGUGGCCAUACUGCUAAGUCUGAGCGGGUUGGUGCUCGGUGCACCGACGGAGCGACUCACAAGAUCCAGUGACGAGGGAACCGCGUCCAGUUACUUCUACUUUAGCCGGUCCCCGGGCCAUUCGCUCGAGCUAGGGGCACCCGGACUGACCGGAGUCCCGCACCUGCUGACGGAUGCAAAGUUCUUCCCGGUGGUCAAGAGCGUGGAGCUCGAGCUGGAGAGUGACGAGGAGUUGGAACCCGAUGUAAAGGCGAUCCAUGGCCACGAGGAUGACCACGAGGCGUACCGGGUGGUGGAGCAGGAAGAAGAUGAUGGGUCCUCGCACGAUGAGGACCACCACUCGAAGAAGGGUGAAAGCUCCUCGAAGGGCUACGACUCGAAACACGAGCUCGAAAAGGGCAGCAAGGGAAGUUACGAUAAGGAAGGUCACGAGCAUCGGUACGAGAAUGGAGGCGACCGGAAGCACUCGCACCACGACGAGGGAUCCCACUACAAGGAUCACCACGAGGCGGCCAAGCGCACAAAGGGUGGCAAGCACCACGAGAAGAAGCACCACAAGAAGGGCUCGAAGACGACGGGUUACCAUAACGUGUACCACAAGGACGAGUACAAAAAGGAGCACAUCUUCUACGAUACCAGCGACCACACGGGACACUUCAAGAAGUACGGGUCGGCUCACGAGCACCACUCGGACGAGCAGGGCAAGCACGGCCACGGAGGCCACGAGGAUCGGGCCCACCAGGAGAGCAGCCACAAGAACGCGGGUGGCCACGACCGGGGCAAGUACGAUGAACACCACGCGGAGCAUAAGCAUCGGCACGGUCAGGAUCAGUACGAUCGGCACGGAUCGAGCUACGAGCAGAACCACGGCCACCAGGGCGGUGGCGAACGGGGCUAUAAAAUCAUUCACCACUAA